UUGACUCCUCUCUUUCUAUAUCACUCACUAUUUAUGUAUCCAUCUCUCCACACAUCUCUCUCCAUCUCACACACAUCUUCCUCUUAACACAUUAAUAUAUAUUACAUCAGUUUAACAUCUUCAUAACCAACAACACAACUCCUCUUCUCUUUUCUUGAACAUCAGAAUAAUGGAAGCAUUUGAAGAGGCGAUAGCGGCCUCAAAAGAGCAAGCAUUGAUCCUUAGAGGGAAGCGUACAAAGCGACAACGUCCACAGUCUCCUAUUCCUUUCUCUGUAUCCCCUCCUAUAGUUGAAGAAGAAGUAUCCAACGUUCUUGAUUCCAAGGAAAAUGAUGUAGCAAACCGCAAAAAGGAUGGUGUGGUCACGUCUUCAUCUUCAUCAGCAUCUUGGUCCUCUAACAACAACCCAACGUUGAAGGGCGAAGAAGACGAGGAAGAUCAAGACGUAGCCAAUUGUUUGAUACUCCUUUCCCAGGGACACUCUUUCCCCCAACACAACCAACAGCUCAAGAUACCUCACCAAGAAAUAAACAAUAAUAACACGUAUAGAUUUAGCAGCAGGAGGUUUCUAGAGACUUCUUCAUCAAACGGUGGUGGCAAAUCAGGUUACUACGUUUAUCAGUGCAAAACAUGUGACCGGACCUUCCCUUCUUUUCAGGCUCUAGGCGGCCAUAGAGCUAGCCACAAGAAACCUAGAGCCACCUCCUUUUACUCCAACCUUGACCUAAAGAAGAGUAUCUACGAAAACGACGCCGCUUCACUCGUUACAACCACAAAUAUUUACAAUAACAACAAAAACAACAACAAUAGAUCGCUUGUUGCUUACGGAAAGGCAAAUAACAAUAAAGUUCAUGAAUGUGGAAUUUGUGGAGCCGAGUUUACGUCUGGACAAGCCUUAGGUGGUCACAUGAGACGGCAUAGAGGUGCGGUGGUUGUGGCUGCGGCACCAGCUCCCAUCGUGACGGUGGCCGCGGCUGCGGCCAACACGGAGUUAUCAUUGUCUUCCAUGUCGUAUGAUCAAAUAUCCGACGGUCAAGAUCAUCUGGUGAUGCCAGAGGCAAAGAAAGCUAAGAAGAUGGUCGUGUCAUUGGAUUUGGAUCUGAAUCUACCCGCACCGGAAGAUGAGAAUAGGGUCAAUGGGUUGAGCUUGGCUUUGAAGCAAAAACACGAACAAGAACAAGAACAUCAAGAGACGAAACAAAAAGAAGAACCAGUGUCUCUUGUCUUGUCUGCUCCUACUUUGGUGGAUUGCUAUUACUGAUUUAUUAUUAAACACACUAAUCUAAAAACAUAUUAUUUUCUUUUUUUGGCUUACUAGGAAACUGAUAAUUCAUUCAAUAUCUAACGUUUUUUUUUUUUUUUUGUGUAACCGAUUCUUUGCUUCUUAAAUA